AUGACCACGAAGAGAUUCGGAUUGGAGGAUGUUGGAAUCAAAAAAUUGGCUGAAAAUGAUGCGAAAAAUGUGAAGAACAGCGACUGGAAGAAGGUGUUGCCGGAAGAAGUUUAUCGAGUUACAAGGGAAUCAGGUUGGUGAUUUUUUGAUCUGAAAAAAAUGGAGACUAGGGGCUCGAAAAAAAAAUUAUCCCAUGGAGUUAGGACCAAAAAUGAGUAUUUGGGGACUUUUUCUUUGCUUGUUCUUUCGAAAAAGUUCAUUUAGUGCCACGUGUCAACGCAAAUUUAAGAAAAUUGUUUCUGACCAUGAAAGGGACCUGAAAUCCGAGCUAAAGUAACUUUGAUUGGCCCAAAAUUGAGAUGUUUAGCUCAAAAAAACUUGAUUUUUGAAAAUUCUAGGAUUAACCCAAAAAAUUGAAUUCCAAACUUUUUCGAUAAAAAACCAUGUGUCCCUCCCCUCAAUCCAAUAAAUCAAUAAUUUCAGGAACCGAGAGACCCGGAAGCGGUGGAUUUGACAAUUAUUUCGAAAAAGGAAGAUAUGUUUGUCUGUGUUGUGGAGUCGAAUUAUUCAAGUUAGUUUUGAGAUUUUACCUGAAUUCAAAACCAAAAUCCCCCAUUUUUCCAGCUCUGAUUCGAAAUUCUGGGCAGGAUGUGGUUGGCCAGCAUUUUCGGAAUCAGUUGGAAAAGAUUUAAAUAUCAUUCGAAUUCAAGACAAUUCACACGGCAUGUUGAGAACAGAAGUCAGGUGCAAAAAUGUGAGAUUUUUCAAAAUUUUCCCCAAUAAACUAUUCUAUUUCAGUGCAAUUCUCAUCUUGGUCACGUUUUCAAUGAUGGUCCGAAAGAAACGACCGGCGAAAGAUACUGUAUAAAUAGUGUAUGUAUGGCUUUUGAGAAAUCGGAAUAA